AAACCAGAAACCCACCUCUCCCCAACGGUCAUAAACGGUUCACUCCUUCGAUCUAAUCUUAAUUCUUCGAUCCAAACAAGCCUUCACUUUCUACUUUUCACUUUUCUCCUACGUCUAAAAUCCAAUUUUCUCUGCAAAACUCUCGAGAAAUCUUCCCUCUCAAUGGAAAAUCAAAGCGGUUCCCUGAACACACCUAGAUCUCUCAAAACUUGCAGUCUGGAAAACCCCAUGGACGGCAAUUUCAUCUCCAAGGUAAGAGUGAUUGUGAGGGUUCGCCCCUUUCUCCCUCAUGAAAUUACAGCAAAAAAUGGCAACCCAAGCUCCUGUAUUUCUGUUGUUGAUCAAGAUUGCGAUCCAAGAGAGGAAGUGACUGUUCGUCUUAAAGAUCCCGACUCCAGCCGAAACGAGUUCUAUCAGUUGGAUUCCUUCUUUGGCCAAGAGGAUAACAGUGUCAUCCGAAUUUUUGAGAGGGAAGUUAACCCUCUAAUUCCAGGGAUUUUCCAGGGCUAUAAUGCUACGGUGUUUGCCUAUGGAGCUACUGGAAGCGGAAAGACCUACACAAUGCAGGGUACUGAUCAAUUGCCAGGGCUAAUGGUACUGGCCAUGUCCAAAAUUCUGUCAAUUUACCAGAGUACAUCAAGCACUGUAGAGCUUUCAUAUUAUGAAGUAUACAUGGAUAGAUGUUAUGAUCUUUUAGAACUCAAAGCAAAAGAAAUUGCAAUUCUAGAUGAUAAAGAUGGGCAAACUCACCUUAAGGGAUUGUCACGAAUCCCAGUCAAUUCAAUGUCUGAAUUUCAAGAGAUCUUUUCUCGUGGAACUCAGAGGAGAAAGAUUGCACAUACGGGUCUCAAUGAUGUAUCAAGUAGAAGCCAUGGGGUGCUUGUGAUAGGUGUCUCCACUCCUUGCAAUGAUGGUUCUGGAGCUGUUCUUGCUGGGAAGCUUAAUCUCAUAGACUUAGCAGGUCAUUUCUACACCUACCUCAAAUUGACAAUGGGCAAUGAAGAUAACAGGAGGACUGGUAAUGAAGGGAUACGCCUGCAAGAGAGUGCCAAAAUUAACCAAUCUUUGUUUACAUUGUCGAAUGUGAUCCAUGCACUAAAUAACAGCAAACCCCGAGUACCAUAUCGAGAAAGCAAAUUGACUCGUAUAUUGCAGGACUCACUUGGAGGAACCAGUCGUGCUUUGAUGGUUGCUUGUUUGAAUCCAGGAGAAUACCAAGAAUCUGUCCAUACUGUCAGCUUGGCUGCUAGGUCACGUCACGUCUCCAAUUUCGUUUCUUCAACUAAAAAGCUAGAGACUCCCAAGGGUAAGGUUGACAUGGAGGCAAAGCUCCGAGCUUGGCUUGAAUCAAAAGGCAAGACAAAGAGCGCCCAAAGAAAUGGAGCAUAUGCUUCUCCAUUUACUCUGAGUUCUGUCAAGCAACCUAUUAAUAAAUCCACUGUGAAAGCAAAGGUCAAUAGCAACAGAGGCACAUCUACUCAAGAGAGUACAAAGGCUGUACCUGUCAGAAAUCUGUUCAAUACUGAAGGUUUUAAUGAUUCGUCCUUGGAGACUCCGCAGUUUGUUGCCGAGGACAAUCGAGAAGAGACCAGUGCUGAUUCUGCUGAAACAGUUUUGGAACCCACUACACAAACUGCAGUUGAGUCACUGCACAAGUUGGAAAUGAACACACUUGUUGACUCAAACAAGUCAAUGGGAGCUUCACCAAUUAGUGGGAAUAAAAAUGCUCUGGGAAAUCCAUCUAGGAAAGUUCUUUCCCCAAUCAACGCAAAUAUAGAACAACUUCCCCAUGAAGAAGUAGCAUCUGCAGAGAGAAAGUGCCCGGUUUUCUUUGAGCCGAAGACUCCUAUAACACCAUUUACAGUGACCCGAGCAAAUGACAAGUUCACAACAGGAGAAACCCCAUUAGACAAAUUUAGUGCAAUGAGUGCUACUUUGAAGAGCUCUCUUAUGCAAGAGUACAUUGAUUUCCUGAAUAAAGCUAGCAGAGAGGAGCUAUUGGAAAUCAAGGGGAUUGGAUUGAAAAUGGCCGAGUACAUAGUUGAUCUCAGAGAAGCAAGCCCCUUAAAAUCGCUGAGUGAUCUAGAGAAGCUAGGCCUUUCAUCCAAGCAGGUCCACAACAUGUUUAGCAAAGCUGCAAGAGGGAUAUUCGAUAGACAUGAAGUGCCCACUCCCAGUUGGCCAGAAACCUUAACAAGUUGAGUAAAAUGCCCAUGGAUUUCUUCAUCCAUGGUAUCCAUAUCAAAUUUGGCUGCAGUAUCAAAAUGCUUGUUGUAAGUAAUAUAUGUCCUGCUUAGGAUCAAUUACUUUCUUCUGUGUGGUAUUGGUUGUAUGUAAACUGUGGUAUUGGUUGUAUGUAAACUAGGACGUCACAUGUAAUCUACUCUUAAAACUAGUAAAAUUGACUGUGAUUCUCGUC